UUACUGCAGUUUUAUUGGUAGAAUUACUGGCGUAAAAACAAUUUUAAAACAUGUCAGUUAAUUGCAGGACUUUGAUCAUUUAGGCAUUUUACAGUGGAUCGCGGAUGAAACGUGUUGAGAAUAAAUUAGUCUUGUUAAUUAUUAUAAUAGUAGUGAUUUUGCCAUAUAAAAAAUAAUGUUUUUAUGUUAAGGUUAUCUAAAAUAAUAAAAGCUUUAGUAGAAUUUAAAAAAAUUGUGCGUGCUAAACUACACAAGUAGGCAAUAACUAAGUAGUAAUCAACUAAGACCAACAAGAAAAAUGAUAACAAACAGAUAAGGCCGAAACCUUCAACCUCUGUUCGAAGAAUGAGUAAAUUCGCGGUCAGAGCAACGUGGAACAUGGUAGCAUAAGUGUCGAAAAAAAAAUCAUAAAUAUGUUGAAAUUUUAUCCAAUAUUGUACGCGACGUUAUUCACGUUAUGCUCUGGUUUUGUGUUAAUUUCGUCAGCCGAUGGUUCCUUCGAUGAUUUACCAUUUUUUACUUUGGGACAAAAGCUGACUUACAAAUGGAGGUCUACGGUUCGGAUGAACGAAAUCGCUGAUGAAGCUGAAGAUGAAGGGUUUAAUUUGGAUGGUAAAGUGGCGGUCAGUCCGGUAUGGAGAGAUGAGAAUAAAUGGCUGAUCAAAUUUGAGUUACUGCAAUCUACAUUAUAUGCAGAGUCGAAAAAAGGAAAACAGUAUAAAAGCCCUUUGUUAAAGUCAUACAGGAAUCAACCUUUUGCAGCCAUCAUAAAUAAAGGAAUUAUAGAAAAAGUGUACAUAGGAAACAAAGAAGAAACGGUUUUAAAGAACCUAAAAAAGGCUCUUAUCAGCUUAUUCCAAUUUAAUUCCAACCAGGAAUCAGAAACGGACAUUUCUGGACGUUGUCAGGUUUCUUAUAAAAAAUUGAAUUCGAAAUACAUUAAAACCAAAACAGACUGCACCAGUGACUUAUCAGAUCAUCACAAACAUUUAGAUCCGAUUCUCGGCACCAAGACUAAGUCCUCCACAGUAAUCAAAUAUUCGAUACAUGAUGAUCCAAAAAGAAAUUCAAUAUUUUUAACAGAACAGCAUUCGGUUCAAUUGCAAGCCAAAGAGCAUCUAGGAGGCACUAUUGCAACUCAACAGGAAUUGACUUACGAGGCGGAAGAAUCAGUUGAAACCAUCAGAGCUGAUAAUGCUCAAGAUGCCUUGGCAAUAUUAAGCUUCGACGCUGCAGAAGAAAACUUGAUGGCAGAAAAUGUUGAUUUAAAAUUAAAAAAUAAAUUGUUUAGUAAAGAAGUGGCUUUAUUACGAGAGCAGUUGAAAACGAAACAUUUAGGAACUGAGCAAUCCGCUAAGGCCUUUUUACAGUUGUUAGAAGUGGUCAAAACCAGCGAUGCUGAUGAUAUUUCCAAGGCAUUGGCAUCCAAAAAAAACUCUGAAAUAUUGGAUCAAUUAUACGAUAUUCUCGGCUACGCCCAAACAGAAAAUACUCACAAAGCUGUGAUGAAACUAAUUCAUUUAGAUAAUGAAGAGCAGGUUAAUCUUGUUGAACGGUACCUUUGGGCCCUGUCAUUUUCCAUCCACCCAAACCUGCAAAUUUUAGAAGAUCUUUUAAACAAAUUUAGAAAGAAUCCAAAUAUAGUGAAUCAGGUCAAAGAUACGUUGGUGUUGACUUUAGGCUCUAUUGCUAGGAGGGCAACACAAAAAGCUGAAAAAUUGAAUCAUGUCGAUCAAAAGAUUUUUUACCUGGUACAAGAAACGAUCAUCAACGGUUAUGACUAUGCCAAAGACCAGGAGCGUCAUGUCUACCUUAAUGCACUGAAAAACCUUAGGUCACCCUCAACUAUACCCAAAUUAUUUUCGGUAUUAAACAACGGGACUCAAAAAGAGGAAGUUUUGGCCUGGAGAGCGAUUAAAUCAUUUGGAAACCGUUAUUGGUCGGAAGACAUUUUAAGUCGUGCGGAAAAAACACUUUUUCAACUGGAUAGGAGACAUGAUACGAGUGCCAGAUGUCUAGCUGUUGAUGUACUCCUUAACAGUUCCCCUAGUGAUGACGUGUUGGAAAAAAUAUUGCAUUUUGUGGCUAAGAAUGACGGAAAUUACGAAAUCAGACAAUACGCCUUUCAAAGUAUUAUGAUGUUGGCUGAAAAAUGCCCAGAGUUUGAAAAGAGGGUGAAAGAUAUUGUGAAGAGCAACUCAUUUUUAAAUAACUACUCAAGUUUAGCUCCCAGAGGGUUAUCCACUGCUCUAACAAGGAAUAUAUAUAAAGGUACCGCCUCUAAUGGCCAUUUGGUGUCUUUACAAGAAGUUAAAGGGGGCUUAGUAAAGAGGGGCGUAGUGGAUGUGGUGCUGGAUAACCAUGAAACAACUGGAGAGAUUUUUACGUUAGGAAUAUUCGCUGGGGGUCUUUCUAGCUUCUCUUCAAGCACCCCAGAUGAACACGACGAUCCCGAGGAAGAAGAAGAUGCAUCCACCGGAAUGGAAUUGACCGUUUUAGGCACUCAGAUUCGUCCUUUUGUAUUUUUUGAGAGCCAGGGCGAACUGAUGGGUCUAAUUUGGUCUGGAACUGCAUCCGACAUGACUCCCGCCUUUCAAGCUUUAAUAUUGGUUCAAGAGCACGAAGACACCAUAAGACUCAGCAAUGGGUUUAUUGUCAAAAUUGAUAUUAAAGGGGCCCUAUCGUUUGACCUGUCUGGAAAAAUGGAGGUAUCUCUCUGGAAUCGGAAUGCGCAAUCGCUAAUUAAAAAAUCAGUCGCAUAUUCCGUAAAGGGGCUUUUAAAGAUUGACACUCCUUUGGUCAAAAAAGAACUUUCUUUCGAAGCCAAUACAGAACCACAAUUAAAUCUGGAAUUGGAUGCUGAUGUUAGUGGCAAAGCGAAAUUAUGUAUGAGACUUUCACAGCCCGAUUCUGUAUUUAGGCAAGAAACUGUCAAAGGGCAAUCGAUUCCAGACACUGACUACCAGAGUAGAAAAAGCGUUAAGAGGAAAAUGGAAAUUCCAGGAGUCACUUACGCAAUAAAUCGAAAAAAUAAUGAAAAUUGCGCUGCUAUGUUUAAUAGUUAGGUUAUGAACAAAAUGUGUGCUGUGAUUGUGAUUGUGAUUAGGAAGUUGAUGUCUAAAUACAAUCAGUUUUUUUAUA